CUGGGCGCGGCGGCCAUUUUGUUUUGGAGAGCGAGCAGGAGUUGGCGGCUGCAGCUGUGGAGGCCGCACCGCAAGGCCGGAAAGGGCAGGCCGGGCGAGAAACCUAAGUCGGCCAACUGAACAGCCAGCCAGCAGCCAGGGACUAGCUCCGCAGUCUGCUGCUUCACGCCAUCUGACCCAACCGCCCAGCUAGCGGCUCGGAGCCCCUGCGCCGUUCUCCCCCUGAGCCGCGGGUCCCCGGCCCGCCUGCCCAGCAGCCGCGGUGGCAGCCCCGAGAGGAGCCCUGGCGUCCGUUUCUUUCGGUGCUGGGAACUCAAGUACUUCAGCCAUCAUCUUCAGGGAGCUUGAUGAGCAGUAGAGUAGCUUAGCCCGCUGCGCCAUUGUGCCUGCUCCUCCAUGAACUUUUUGAAGAUCCUUUCACACUUAAGCAAGGCUGCCUUUUGAUUCCGUUGUUUUCCAUGAGCCUUGAAGUACCUCCCUGUGGUCCUCAGUGAUUCUCGGGAUUUGAAGAUGGCUGCACAGUCAGCGCCGAAAGUUGUGCUAAAGAGCACCACCAAGAUGUCUCUUAAUGAGCGCUUUACUAAUAUGCUGAAGAACAAACAGCCGAUGCCAGUGAAUAUUCGGGCUUCGAUGCAGCAACAACAGCAGCUAGCCAGUGCCAGAAACAGAAGACUGGCCCAGCAGAUGGAGAAUAGACCCUCUGUCCAGGCAGCAUUAAAACUUAAGCAGAAGAGCUUAAAGCAGCGCCUGGGUAAGAGUAACAUCCAGGCACGGUUAGGCCGACCCAUAGGGGCCCUGGCCAGGGGAGCAAUCGGAGGACGAGGCCUGCCCAUAAUUCAGAGAGGCUUGCCCAGAGGAGGACUACGUGGGGGACGUGCCACCAGAACCCUUCUUAGGGGCGGGAUGUCGCUCCGAGGUCAAAACCUGCUCCGAGGUGGACGAGCCGUAGCUCCCCGAAUGGGCUUAAGAAGAGGUGGUGUUCGAGGUCGUGGAGGUCCUGGGAGAGGGGGCCUAGGGCGUGGAGCUAUGGGUCGUGGCGGAAUCGGUGGUAGAGGUCGGGGUAUGAUAGGUCGGGGAAGAGGGGGCUUUGGCGGCAGAGGCAGAGGCCGUGGCCGAGGGAGAGGUGCCCUUACUCGCCCUGUGCUGACGAAGGAGCAGCUGGACAACCAACUGGAUGCAUACAUGUCAAAAACUAAAGGACACCUGGAUGCCGAGUUGGAUGCCUACAUGGCGCAGACAGACCCCGAGACCAACGAUUGAAGCCUGCCCCACCGACCUUGGGAGACUCUUAAUAAGUCACCACGUUUGUAAAUAAUCUUGAGAUAACAGUUGAAAUGAAACCUGAUUGAUGCUGGAAGGACCUAUCAUCAUAACAGGCUGUGGACUUAGCUGCCACCAGUUGUGGAUUUAGUGUGUUCCUUUUCCUUUUUGAUACUGUGUUGUAUAAAAACCUUUUUCCCUUUGAUUUGGCUGGGCUUUGCCCUCCCCUCCCCCCCAGACUUUGAACAUGAAUGUGUUGGCCUUAUGGCUAGGAUACCCCCUCUUCCCACCUCUGCCUCCCUUCACCUGUUACGUACUCUGAUUAUCUUCGUUCGUCUGUUCAUCUCUGUUCCUUCACAAAAAAGGUCCUAGAAGAGCCAGUGUUCCUCCCUAAUGCCUAGGUUUCUGAGAUAAAGUUGUUCUACAUCUUUAA